UAUUGAAGAUGACUGACCUUUCAUCAAUCAAAGGGAAGAAGAGGGGACCUACAACCGUGAUCACAGAGGCCUGUCCAAAGUCUCCCAAGGUCAGCUUCCUCACUCCUUCUCUACUGCUCAUGGAGGUCCCUUCAGACACCAACACCAGUCUGCCAGUGUGGGACGCCAUGCACUCCCAACAGGUGGACGUCGUCUGGACUGUGACACCAUACAGUAUCAAUGUCCGCUUCACUCCUCUCCCGUCCAAGUCAAGGCAGACUACUAGUGCCAGCAAUACUCCUAUCUGCUCUCCUGGCAAAAGCAGCAGCACCACCAGGAUCAUCCAGUCGUCGUCAGGCCCAUCCUCGGCCCUAAGCCAGAGCCAAAUGAUCAUCCAACCUCUACCACAAAUCACCCCCAGUGUGCUCCUCACCUUUCCUCAAAGCACCCUCAUUCCUCAACCUGGAGCAGUCACCAUCUCACCUCACAAGCCCCAAAACAUGACACCGGGCCCAGUCAAAACCACCUCUCUCAUCCUCCCCCUGCCUGUCAUCAUCACCCAGCCACAGCCUGUCCACCAGCCUACCACCCCAGCCCAAACACAAGCCCAAGCCGCUAGCACUAAUCAGCCCCCUGGUCCAUCCAAGACGGCAGCCAGUCUGACCUUCCACACAAACACCUCCGGCGACGUCCAGAUCUGCGACCACUUUCUCACUUACUUCUGCAGGAUGGGGAGCAACUGCAAGCAGCACCACACGCCAUACCCCUUCCACUGGCAGCUGUGGUGCGUCAACAGUCACCAGUGGGUAGACUUCACCCCGCGCACCCAGGUUAAUCUAGAGAAGGCCUACUGCAAUGUCAACCGGGAGGAGAUUGGAGUCAAGGAAGGUACGGAUAUGUUCACCCUGCACUUUGACACCAUGACGUUGAAGGACGGGGAGAAAUACGACCGGGUCAGAAGACUCCAGAACACCACAGACCCAAACAAGAACCCUCACCUCUAUACUAGUUGGUGCUUCUUCUGGUGGAAUAACCUCAGCUGGACAAAGUACCAUCCGACUCAGACCCUUCUACCGCUCUCUUAAGUCUCUGAGAGCACAUUUGAGGACAGGUAUACUGCUGGAUGGUCUGGCCAGCACAUCCACCGAGCCUUCCCCGGCCAACUUCAGUGUAGACCCCCUGGGGGAGUUCAGCACCUGGUACCCCCCAGUGUGGACCCCUAGCUCCGCCCCAGACCAGGACUACAGCAUGGUGGAUGUACCUGCCAACACCCAGGCCUUCCAGAAGGUCCACUGCCUGUUCCACAAGACCCUGUCAGAGACCCGGGUGGAGAUAGUCAGCCUCCACCAGAUCCAGAAUGUUCUCCACUGGGACAA